AUGGACAAUCAGCGUCAACAAUAUAUUCCUGGUCCACCACCUCCUCCCAAUCAAAACCCCAUGGGACAUCUCCCUCCUCCUCCACCCCGACCAUAUCCCCAAAACAAUCUUCCACCCCCCCCGCCCGGUCCACAUCCGAACCAUGCCCUACCACUCGGCACCGUCUUCGGUUUGCCUGGUGGAGGAUGGCAGCAGCCAUGGGGAAGAUCAGGUAUGGGCCAGAGCAUCCCACCUCCGCCGCCCAUGACCCCAAUGAGCCACCAUCCAGGUCAAAACCACCACCUGGCCUAUGGUAUGCGACAGCCUUCACACCUCAACAUCCCCCCUCCGCCUCCCCAGAACGAUAAGCCAAUCCUUUCUGCCACCUUCAUCCCCACCGGCGACUCGUUCGGUCCUGGUGUUGGCAUUCCGCCGCUCGACGACUAUUCCACAUAUUCCCGCUAUGACGCUCAAUUGACUUCGGAGCCGUCAGUCUCUCAUUCCGACUCUAAAUACAGCGAUGGUGCAGCAUCUCAUAGCUACUCCUACCCCAAUCCUGCCCAACCGAACCCCGAUAUUGCAAACAGAGAAAACCGAGCUGCUUCGACUUCUUCGCAUAGACCCUCUUUCAAUCUGCCCUUGAGCCACCUCAAAGAGCCACUCUCGCCAGGUCCCCCAACCGCAACUCUACAAAACCCACACCCUACUGGUGAUCAUGGGAGGCAAAGAGCCCAUAGCGCAGCCGUCACAUCCAAUAACUCAAGCGAAGUGGCUUCUCAAUGGCCGUUAGAUCGAGUCUUGAUUUGGUUGGCCGCCAACGGCUUUUCCAACGAUUGGCAGGAGACAUUCAAAGCCCUCCAACUACAGGGCUCUGAUUUCUUGGAUUUGGGACGUGGUCCAAACGGCCGUGGUAAUCUCAGUAUGAUGCAUCAGACUAUUUAUCCUCAACUCGCAAAGAUCUGUUCCGGCAGCAAGACGGGAUGGGAUCAAGCACGAGAACGUGAGGAAGGCAAAAGAUUGCGAAAACUGGUCUCUCGACUGGUAGAAAAUGGAGGCGAGGGCCCGUCAAGUGCUGGAUAUGGACAUCGCCGCCGUGAAUCCGGCAUCCCAAGCGCUUCCACUGAUGGAAACCUCGAGAAUUCGCCCCAUCUUCCACGAGCAGAAUUUGCUAAUAAUUCGGGUACCGCUGGUCCUGAAGGUAGUCCAGGGAGACAGAUGCCACCACACUUUCCUCCCGGUAUCGGUCCCCGCAAUUCCCAAGGUCGAAGCAGUACAAUGCCGGUGUUCAGUAAGCACAGCUCGACCUCCAGCACCCCCAGCGAAAGCAAACCACCCGAUAACCUCUCCAGCAAUGGUCGUGCUGAGUUCACUCGUGGUGUCUUGACUGGGGUCAACAGAGCUGGACGCCACAGCCCAAACCUGUCGGGUGAUAUGGGCACAGGCCUAUUACCUAAGGCUAUCGAAGCUUCUCCAAAUGCUAGUCCAGGCCUUGGAGCUGCUGUUCCUGCUUCCGUACCGAACUCUUCUCAUUCCUAUCGACCUGAUCAUUCCAAGAGCAAUAGCACGGACUCCAUGAGCAAAGUUACUGGCCACCCUCGAUCUAUGAACAACCCACAGGGCCAACAAGAUGGACCAAGAAAUAUACUACCAUCUGAUGCCUUAACAGGCAGGUUCUACGCCGAUCGACGUGAUGCACAAGAAAUGAUCAGACCCUCCCCACUGGAUGCUCAUCGCACGUGGAGCAGCGAGCAGGGCCCAGGCCCAGGCGGCAAAGAUCAGAGCAAGGGCUUUUUGAGCAAAUUCAAGAGGAGAAGGAACGACAAUGCAUCAUCUCAUGGUGAUGAUCAUGGGUUGGAAUCACCCACGAGCCCCGGUUUGCGUCAGAUAUUCAACCCUAGAAUGAAUGGCAGCGAUUCGGCUUUAAUGCCGCCACGUCCAUCAUCCGCUACAACACAGUCUGAAGACGAGAAAUCCAUGUAUCCUUCACGCCGCACUCCAGCAGUAUCCAGACGUUAUAUGUUUGUGACACCUGACCAUUGGAACUACCGCCUUGUGGAUGUGACAGAUGUGGAGAGUGCGAUUGCCCUUCGGAGUUUCUUGUGCAUUGAGCUGGGGAUUGCAGAUGCUGAAUACGCCCAGAUAUAUGUCACAGAACCAGGUCAAACGGAGCAUGAGAAUCCACUCUCCGACAGCCUUCUCCUUGCUGUACGGAGUCGCACCGAUAACACAGGCAGCUUGAAGCUUUAUGUUCAAAGUUCGUCUCUGUCUGCAGGUCCAGGAUCCGUCGAAAGAUCCAGUGGGCUUGGAGUCUCAUUUCCACACAGAGACCAAGGUUCUACUGGCAUGGUCAAGUCCAACUCAUCGGGUGGAGUCAAUCGAGACUACGAUUCAAUGGAUCCUGGCUUGUUACAAAAACGUGCCGAGGAAUACCACAGACAGAAUGAAGCCAAGUCGCAAGCUUAUAUGGAGUCCAGAAGACAACAAAAGGAACAAGGUUCAAACACUUACAGCGGCAGUGCCAUCAGAGGUAACACUGUGAUUGACUUUGAUAGCCCUAGGAUGUCACCAUUUGAGGACAAGAAGGUUGAGAGUCUUGUUCCUGUACGACGACCACCAACUGCACCAGCUGAGUCAACCACAUUGACUAAAGUCAACUCUCUCCGAGCAAGAGGGUCUGGUACUAGGUCUUCACUCGAUGCGCUGAAACGCAUAUCAGAUCCAAUCGCCGAGGAAGACGUCAGUCGCGGCAAGAAGAAGCCGGCAAAUACGACUACAUUCGCGGCAGGAGGCAUCGGUGCUGCUUUAGCCAAUGUUGGCAGAAUGGCAGGCGCACCUGUGUCCGUUGGGAGCCAAGGUCGUUCACAACAAGACAGGGGCCCUGGUGAUUACGAGGCUAGAGGCAAUAACACAGGCUUUAACCUACCGUCUUAUCAAAAUCGGCAUCGCAAUCCUGGAGGUAACUCUGUACGAUUCGAUAAUUCACCCCAUAUCAGCCCUACAAGCGACGAGUCACCGCGCCCAGGACUCGUGUCCAGAAAAUCUUUUGGACCCAAUUUCGAUGUUGAGGACAACAAUGUCACAUUUGCUCGUUCACCACACCCACCCAAAGAUGACGACUCCGAUGAUGAUUCUGACGAUGGAUUGUUUGCCAUUCCAAUCUCAAACAAGUCGUUGUCAAAGACCGAUGCUCAAAAUGCCAAUGUGAAGGAUCAAAGGCCCGCAUUAACCGUGGAUACAGACCAGAAUGCCGGUAAGAGUGUUCGAUUCAAAUCACCAGGAUCAUCCAGUGGAGUAUCUCUGGGCCAAAAUAAUGGUGAGGAGAGUGCAACGGCGAGUGGUGAUGGUUACGACCGCAGCAUGUCCGAUGGAAGUUUCAGUGGCUCGGCACAAUCACCCGACGAUCGUAUGAAUCGACGAGACUCUUUCAUAAGUGACAUCUGGGCGAAUCGUCCUGCGGUGGAGAACGUUGUGGAUCAUCUUGAUGAAUUCUUCCCUGGUGUUGAUCUCGACAAACCGUAUUUGGAAGAGAAGGGUGAGAAUAAUAGCUCUCCGAUGAGAUCAACGGAUCAAGACCCACUUGAGAGCCUUCAACACAGACCGAGGCAGAUGACUUUUGGCACAGCCGGUCUAGAUCUUGAAUUCCAACGGAAGAACGAUUCUGAUACACUGGGCUCUGACGAAUCAACUUUGAAGGCAAACCAACGUGAAAAGAUUGCUAGCGUGGCUCAGAGACAAGUGAGCAAAGCAUCGGGUGGUAUCACACGCAUGAAGUCUAUACGAGAAGUGGCACAGAAACGGAACGACAUUCAAAGAGCUCCAUCGGUGGCUCAGCGGGUUGCCCAAGCCAACUCGAGCAGUAUACCACAACGCCGUAAAAGUACAAAGAUGUUUGGUGCCAACAUCGUUCAAAUUAAACCCAAAUCUGGCAAUAGAUUGUCAACCCUGGAUCCGAUUCCACAAGAAGAUGUACCUUCUGAAGAUACUCCUAAAAGACAAGCGACCUUCAAAAUCAUUCGGGGUCAGCUUAUUGGAAAGGGCACUUACGGUCGUGUCUACCUCGGCAUGAACGCGACUACUGGUGAAUUCCUGGCGGUCAAACAAGUGGAAGUCAAUCAAAAGGGCGCGAAUCAUGAUAAAGAUCGAAUCAAAGAGAUGGUUGCUGCUUUGGAUAUUGAGAUUGAUACCAUGAAGGAUCUCGAGCAUCCCAAUAUCGUUCAGUACCUUGGUUGUGAACGAAAAGAAUUCUCCAUUAGUAUUUAUCUCGAAUACAUUCCUGGUGGUUCGAUCGGCAGUUGUCUUCGGAAGCAUGGAAAAUUCGAGGAAUCAGUUGUCCGAUCACUGACACGGCAAACAUUGGAAGGAUUGGCAUAUCUUCAUCAGGAAGGUAUCCUCCACCGUGAUUUGAAGGCCGACAACAUCCUUCUCGAUCUGGACGGUAGCUGCAAAAUUUCCGAUUUUGGUAUAUCGAAGAAAUCCGACAAUAUCUACGGCAAUGACGUGACGAACAGCAUGCAGGGCUCUGUCUUCUGGAUGGCCCCUGAAGUUGUCCGAUCACAAGGUCAAGGCUACAGCGCUAAGGUAGAUAUCUGGUCACUUGGAUGUGUGGUGCUCGAGAUGUUCGCAGGAAGACGGCCAUGGAGUCGUGAAGAGGCUAUUGGAGCCAUCUUUAAACUGGGAAGUCUGGGUCAAGCACCACCUAUUCCUGAUGAUGUUGUCGCAUCAAUGGAUGGGCUGAAUUUCAUGUACGACUGUUUCCAAGUGUGA